CAUCAUUGACUGCAGUACCCUCUUCUUGAACGAUAUCAGGCGUCCAUGCAAUGGACAGCGUCCUACCCUCCGACUUUCAGAAUGUCCUACGCCUAUCCCUGAAGUCAUCCGCUGACCUCAUCGAGACGCUCGAAGCCCCUCAAGGACGAGGGCCGUCUCCGGACCAUAUUCGAAAGAUUAUCGCAGCCAUACUAUGGCACCGGAAGUUCAUUUUGUCCUACUACGCCGUGAUAGGCGUGGUCAUCACGAUAUCAUGCGCCCAUGGCAUAUAUGACAAGAUUGAGAGGCGCUCGAGAAAGAAGAAGGAAAGUGGGACAGACACAUCGACACCCUCGCCAACGGUAUCGUCAUCCUCCAGCACACUCAGAGGGACAAUAACGCCCCGCGACAAGGACGAUGACGGCGUGCUCGUCACAGAGAACACGCUUCUUCUGCCGCAACAGACGAUCGCUUCCGUCCAGCGCCCUCGCCUGCUUCACCGGCUGAAGGCUUUCCUCUUGUACCAGCCUCGGCCUGUUCGCGCACUGACUUCCCCAUCCAAUGUCCUGCCAAACCAUGGCACGUCUUUGUUGGUCAUUCUCUUCCUUGCCAUCAAUAUCUUCUAUCUCAUGUACCGAGCGCCACUAUCGAUCUCUUGGAUAUUCAUUCUGGCGGACCGAGCUGGCCUUCUUUUCGUGGCCAACUUACCUGUUUUGUAUAUCCUUGCAGCGAAGACGAAUCAGCCGAUCAAAUGGCUGACAGGAUGGUCCUACGAAGGGCUGAACUUAUUCCAUCGGCGAUUAGGCGAGUGGAUGAUAGUCGUCGCUGUCAUCCAUAUGCUCGGCAUGUUCGUCGUAUGGUACACUAUUCUCCGUUCACUUGGCUUCGAUCUCAUCCGCUAUCUGACUGCCCCAACGGUCUUUCUGGGGAUUGCAGCAAUCGUUUCCUACUUCAUCAUAUACAUCACGAGUGUCGGUUGGUUCCGACACCUAUACUAUGAGACGUUCCUCGGUCUGCAUAUAUUCUUCCAGGUGGCAGCACUUGCGUUUCUGUUCUUCCACUAUCCCACAGCCCGGCUAUAUGUCCUGGCGACCUUUGCGAUAUGGGCUAUCGAUAGAUUGCUCUGGCGGAUUACUUUGUCUACUCGAAAAUACAUUGCCACUCUAGAGAUCGCUCCGGACGGACAGACUGUUUUAAUCCAUUGCAACAUAGAUUUACGGCGCAGACUAUUCGGCACACGCAUGGGACUGCAUCAUGGCUGGCUUCCUGGUCAGCAUGUGUUUCUAACAAUACCAUCAAUGGGCUUCAAGUAUGGUUUCCAGACGCAUCCUUUCACCAUUGCUUCACCUGCUCCACCGCGGGAGGCCAAUGUCGGAUUAUGGCCGCUUCAGCUUGUCAUUCGUUCCAUCGAUGGAUUCUCCUUAGAUUUGCUCAAAUAUGCUCGUCAUCAUCAGCACUGUCAAGUCUUUCUGGAUGGACCCCACGGCGGCAUCGAGGCUCUCGAAGCUGCUCAACAUGCCGACCGUGUUUGCUUCAUUGCUGGAGGAAGUGGCAUUGCCGUUACCUAUCCGCUAGCAUGGGACGUCCGCGUUGACUAUGCGAUGCAACGUGAAGCACCAGUCAGCACCCGGGCCGUGUACAAAGACGGGGUGAAGUCAGUGUGUUCGGUUUCUGAAUGCGGUCCUCUUAUCGAAUUUUCCCAAUUCGCACAUUUCUGGGUGCGACAGGAGUCCAGCCAUUCAAGGUGGAUUUCGAUGUUCCCGAGAGCUGCUAGCGUUAGGCAAAACUCUAUGAGCGAGUCCUGUCCCCACGAUGUUGGUAAAGACGCGGAUCAGGAGGAUGUUGUUGCGACCAUUGUUACCCACAGCUUUGACACUCGGAGUCCGCAUUCUGACGGAGGUAGGCCAGAUAUCAGAAGUGAAGUCUGGAAUUGGGUGACUUCGAGCCCUUCGACAAGAGCAUCAUCUUCCGCGCUUCUCGGAUGUGACAAUCCUCAGUCGCUGCCCCAUUCAUUGGUGAAGACCUCCAGCAUAUUACACCGCACACCGGGACGCGAGGCGAGACCACGCAAAGAACGGAUAUGUCUCAUCGUCUCAGGGCCGGACGGACUCGUUCGCGACGUCAGGAAUACCGCGGCUCAUCUCAUCCGAGAAGGGUGGGAUAUUCAAGUGUGGGUGGAAAAGUUUGGAUGGUAAGGGACAACGACGACGGUACAUGACGAGAAUCAUAUAACGAAAUAUGCAGAAUACAUUCAACCACGAAAGUUCAUCCCGAUCCGAAGUUUGCCCCCAAGCUUGACUCAUAUCUGUAUGUUGAUCUGCUUGAGAUGUUGAUGACAGGAGUUGGCG